ACGAAAAUGAAGACUGCCACCAAUAUCUAUAUUUUCAAUCUUGCAUUGGCAGAUGCUCUAGCAACAAGUACUCUGCCAUUCCAGAGUGUGAAUUACUUGAUGGGAACAUGGCCAUUUGGUACAAUCCUUUGCAAAAUCGUUAUAUCCAUAGACUACUACAAUAUGUUCACCAGUAUCUUUACACUCUGCACCAUGAGUGUGGAUCGCUACGUAGCUGUUUGCCACCCGGUCAAGGCCCUUGAUUUCCGUACUCCCAGAAAUGCCAAAAUUGUCAAUGUCUGCAAUUGGAUUCUUUCUUCUGCCAUUGGCCUACCAGUUAUGUUCAUGGCAACUACUAAAUACAGGCAUGGAUCUAUUGACUGCACACUUACAUUCUCCCACCCUGCUUGGUAUUGGGAGAACCUCCUGAAAAUCUGUGUGUUCAUCUUUGCGUUCAUCAUGCCAGUCCUGAUCAUUACUGUGUGCUAUGGGCUGAUGAUUUUACGCCUAAAGAGUGUUCGCAUGUUAUCUGGCUCCAAAGAGAAGGACAGGAACCUGCGAAGAAUUACGAGAAUGGUUCUGGUGGUGGUGGCGGUGUUUAUCGUGUGCUGGACUCCCAUCCACAUUUAUGUCAUCAUUAAAGCCCUGGUCAACAUUCCAGAAACUACUUUCCAAACUGUCUCCUGGCACUUUUGUAUUGCUCUAGGGUAUACAAAUAGCUGCCUUAAUCCAGUCCUGUAUGCAUUUCUAGAUGAGAAUUUCAAAAGAUGUUUCAGAGAGUUCUGCAUCCCCACUUCCUCCACCAUUGAGCAGCAAAACUCCACCCGCGUCCGACAAAACACUCGUGACCAUGCUUCCACUGCCAACACUGUGGACAGGACUAACCAUCAGUUGGAACUUCAAGAAGCUGAAACCACUCCACUGCCGUGACAGGGCCUCCUGCCGCAUAGCUCAAAGCAAUUGCAAACCAGUGCAACAGCGUGUCUGUGCAGUAUGCUGUGGGGAAGUGUAGGAUACACUUUCCCUCAAAAAACACAAAGGAAAGUGCCUGCUUUUCCAGUCUGUCAAAACUUCUGCAGCACCUCUGCACUGCACAUAACACAAGCGUGAAAUUUAGUAGCAAGCAGAGCCAAGAGAUUCAGGGGCUUUUUAAGCAUCAGUGUUCAAAACAUACAUGUUUUCCAGGAAUGCAUUAGUCUAACACAAAGCUGCUCUACCUGUAGCUAUCUGACAUGAUCUGAGCAGUUACAGUAGGGUUUAACAGGUUGGAAACAAAAAUUCAAACAAUAGACGGUUAUAGUUUGAAAAAGACGUGAACUUUUAAUGAUGGAAUUGUAAUACUGUUGGGGACUAGAUUUACACUUGAAAAUUUCUUUGUAGAGGUGUUUUCUGUGCAGGUUACUUAUGUGGAAAAGUCUCAUGAGAUCAGCUAGAACAGCACCUUUGCAAUUCAAGAGGUGGUCUUUCCUGUGUUCGUUCCACAGUUUCAGAGGAGAAUAAUUCUUCCAAUGCAUGUUUGAAAAAACGCCAAGCUGCAACUUCCUCUUCCAGUUCUUGCAUAGAAACAAGACUUUUACAGUCAAAGCAGUGAGCUGCCACUUCUAAAGGAGAUAAGAGUAAAAAAAGAUGCAAAGGUUUGAUCUAGUCCAUGUUGCUAUCGACUGUAGAAUGAACUCCAAAACAAGAUUGUUACUGUAAAUUCCAGUGUGAAUAGAAAUAUAGCUACAAGCCUCUCAGAGCUAGCAUAGGAUGUUGAUGAAUUCCUUUUGACCUAGUUUCUCAAGUUUCCACCGUGCAAUCAGCAACAUUUCAAAGUUGUGUAACUUUUUCUUUUUUGUAAAGCACUUGGGGAUCCUUCAAGAUGAAAGGAACUCUGUGAAAUGUAACUAUAUGAAAUGUAAGUUGUCUACAGUCCCUAUGUGAAGUGCUCAGAGCAGAUUAGCUCUUUUAAAGAAAAGUUACUUUUUGCUAGGAAACGUUUUUCUUAACCAAGUCCAUAAUAUGUUUGCUUUUCUUACUAAUGUAAUGCAGUCUGCAUCUCUAUUUUGUAUUAGCUACUAAAACACAUUAAAAUUUAUGAAAGAAACAUUGUACUGAAGUAAAUUCCAUCUUAGGUGUUUUCUAGUAUGAAAUAUAGAAAUAUCCAUGUAGAUAAUUUGUGGUGCAAUGCUAUUUUCUAGCCAUUGUUCGUUAUUUGCUUUGUAAAUAUAUCAUCAGUAGUUAACAGGGGCGAAAAAGUGCUUUGAUGAAUUCAUAUGUAUUCUAAAAUAAAACUGUAUGGAGCAGUUUUUUAUUUCUGUAGCCACACUGUAUUUCUUAUUCUCAUUGUUAAAACGUGUGCGACAGAAUAUGCCUUCCAUGUGAAACUGUGUUUCUGCCAUUGUCUGCAUAAUAAAGACUGAAGGCCAAAUCCUUGUGAGUUGUAAACUGAAGUAGUGCUACUUGAGUUUGAUCAAUGUGUUGCAGCUAAAUAUCCAGUCCUUUAUAUCUGCAGAAUAUGUAACUAGACAUAGUAGAAGUGCCUUAAUUUUUUUUCCCUUUCUGUUGAAAACUGCACUAUGCUGUCAUAGGGAUUUAAUGUUUAAUUUUAUAUUAACUUAGCAGGAUGUCCUCAUAGUCAGCAGUAAAGUUUAAACCAGAGUCUUCAUCAUCCCAAGACAAAGACUUUUCAUCUAAAUUUUAAAUAGCAUGACAUACAGGCCAAACUCAGAAGAGAGUUUGACAUGCUGUUUUGCGCUACAUAGCAGUAUUGUUUAGAGAGUUGUUUGGCAGAAUUUAACUUAGAAUACACACCAGAAAAGCAAAUGGAUUAUCAUCAUACAGUUUCAUUACUGCCUGACAGGUCCCGAGUAGUCUGCCCUGCUCACGUACCCCAGCCUCACAAACUUGAAAUGUAUUGAGUGACAAUAUUUGAAAAGUCCCAAAUGGUCAAUCAUAAAGAGAAAUACAUUCAGUUAAACCUAAAGCCAUAGUUUCAUGACUUUUGUCAUGAGGUCAUUAGCUUUCACAGAAUUUACUUAAUGAAUUAAAAUCAUUAUUUCUUCUGUACUUAGAACAGAAUGAAGUUCACAAGUAGAAAAUUAUAACUUGCCAACAAUUAGCCUAAUAUUUUAAGAGGUAUUUUGAGUUUUUACAGCCCAAGAAUUAAACGAGCAAAGCUGACUGUAAAUAUUUUUAGCAGCAGUAAUGUUAUUGUAGCUGUGAUGGUCUAAGGAUAUAAGUAAGCAAAUCUUAUUAGCAGAGCAUUAGCAAAGAUAAGUAAAAUGUCUUGUUUUUUUUCCAGAAGAUAUGAAUGUUCAUUGGUAGUGCUUUGCAGUAAGUAGCAUUAUUACAUAA